CCCCCAACUCUCUCUCUCUAUCUCUCUAUAGAUACAUACACACAUAUAUAUACACAGAGGGAUGAAUAAUUGCAAGGCAGCGGGUGAGCCCGACAAGAAGACGACUACUACUACUAGUAGUAGUAGUUGGUGUUCUUGGCUGAUCCCCGAAACCCCAACCGAAGUGAUCCACGAGGCCCUCUCCCUGGCCAACAUAGCCUGCCCCAUGAUCCUCACCGGUCUCCUCCUCUACUCCCGCUCCAUGAUUUCAAUGCUCUUCCUCGGACGCCUCGGCGACCUCGCCCUCGCCGGCGGCGCCCUCGCCAUCGGAUUCGCCAACAUCACCGGCUACUCCAUCCUCUCCGGCCUCGCCAUGGGAAUCGAGCCGAUUUCCAGCCAGGCCUACGGCGCCCGCCGCUACACUCUCCUCGGCCUCUCCCUCCAGAGAAUGGUCCUCCUCCUCCUCCUCGCCUCCGUCCCCAUCUCCAUUCUCUGGCUCAAUAUGAAACGGAUUCUCAUCCUCUGCCGCCAGGAGGAAGCCAUUGCCGACCAGGCUCAGGCUUAUUUGCUCUACUCCUUGCCGGAUUUGCUCGCCCAGUCGCUCCUGCAUCCUAUCAGGAUUUAUCUCCGGUCGCAGUCGGUUACUCUGCCGCUCACUUUCUGCGCCGGAGUUUCGAUUCUGCUCCACAUUCCGAUCAACUAUUUGCUGGUGUCGAAAUUGGGGCUGGGGAUUAAAGGCGUCGCGCUCAGCAGCGUUUGGACGAAUUUAAACGUCGUCGUUUCGCUCGUCGUGUAUAUACUGAUUUCCGGGGUUUAUCGCAAGACCUGGGGAGGAUUGUCGAUGGAAUGCUUUAAAGGAUGGAAAUCGGUUCUCGAUUUGGCGGUUCCCAGCUGCAUUUCUGUUUGCCUCGAAUGGUGGUGGUACGAAAUCAUGAUUUUGAUCUGCGGAUUGCUGAUAAACCCUAAAUCGACGGUGGCUUCCAUGGGGAUUUUGAUCCAAACGACGUCGUUGAUCUACAUAUUCCCUUCGUCUCUCAGCUUCGGAGUUUCGACGAGGGUCGGGAAUGAGAUCGGAGCCCGGAGGCCGGCCAAGGCGAAGCUCGCCGCGGCGGUCGGGCUUUCCGGCAGCUUCGGGCUCGGGCUCGCCGCCUUAUUAUUCGCCGUAUCGGUGAGGAAUGUUUGGGCGAGAAUGUUCACGCAGGACGAAGAUAUCAUUCGAUUGACAUCUCUGGUUCUGCCCAUAAUCGGGCUCUGCGAGCUCGGGAACUGCCCGCAGACGACGGGCUGCGGCGUGCUGAGAGGUACGGCCCGGCCCAAAGUCGGCGCCAAUAUUAAUUUAGGGUGUUUCUACCUGAUCGGAAUGCCGGUCGCCGUCGGCCUGGCGUUCGUGUACAAAAUGGACUUCCAGGGGCUCUGGCUCGGCCUCCUCGCCGCGCAGGCGUCGUGUAUGGCGACAAUGAUGGUGGUUCUUCUCCGCACCGAUUGGGAAUUCGAGGCACAGAGGGCGGAGGAGCUCACCGCCGGCGAGUAUUGCAUACUCGCCGGCGACGUUGACCGGGAAGAACAGUCAACGAAAGCACAGCAGAAAGGAGGAGACUGUCUCUGCUAAUUUUUUCUAUAAACUUUUUUUUCUUAAAAAAAUAUAGGUACUACAGAAUAUAUAAAUUAAUAUAUUAUAUAUAUAAUACACUCGUGGUAUAUAAACAUACCUGAGAUUAUUUGGGUUUUUUUUUUAAUUGAAAUGUAUAGAGGUAGGUGGUGGAGAUGAGGGGUAGUUUAGUGAGAUGAAUUUUAGGGAAGGGGUAAAAGGGACAUUUGCUUGAUUCUUUUUGGGAUUCAAAAGUUUGACUGAUAUUUUUUGAAUAUCUAAAGGGAACUUGCAAAAUAUUUCAACACCUUGUAACGUGUCUUUGUUUAACAUUUUA